AUGUUAAUUUUGCUUUUUAGAAAGGGGAGAUAAAAACAGGGAAGAGAUAAGUAAGAAGCGCAGUAGGCGCAGUACGCCACACCCAGAGGAGCUUUGCUUUGGCUACUCCCACUCCCACUCCCAGUCUGAGACUGAGACUCCUUGAAUGCUACAAACAAAAACGCAAAACAUCACAUAUCACAAACUAACCUCACUCACUGUCCCUUUCAUCCUUGCUCACCUCUCAAUUCCACACUCAAUAAAUUAAUUUCCAAUUCUCAGUUCCCAAUUCAAUUUGAAUGAAUCUCCAUGGAACCUCCCCUCAUCAACGACUCCACAUUCUCCUCCGAUAACCCUUCCUUGUCCGAGAUUUGGCCCACUCCUCCCCACACUCCCAAUCGCCGCAAGAGGAACAAUCUUCUCCCUCCCACUCUUCACUCGCUGAAUCACUCUGCCUCCAAUAAACAUAUCAAGUUAGCAGACCAAAACGCUGCGUUCAAACUCCAAGCUGAUGCCACCUCCGUAGCCGGUAACAAGUCACCUCAACCAACCGCUAAACCUUCUGAGCAAUCACCACCUAAGCAAGACUAUAUACACGUGAGAGCCAGAAGGGGACAAGCUACCGAUAGCCACAGUCUCGCCGAGAGAGCUAGAAGAGAAAAGAUCAGUGAGAGGAUGAAAAUUCUUCAAGAUUUAGUUCCCGGAUGCAACAAGGUAAUUGGUAAAGCACUUGUCCUGGAUGAGAUAAUUAACUAUAUCCAAUCACUGCAGCGCCAGGUUGAGUUUCUUUCAAUGAAGCUUGAGGCAGUUAAUUCGAGGUUGAACAUGAGCCCUAAUAUUGAAUGUUUUCCUUCAAAGGAUGUUGGUACUCAGCCAUUUGACCUUGCUGGAAUAAUAUUUGGAUCACAAGCAGCCAGGGGAUACGCUCAGGGAUCACAGCCAGGAUGGUUGCAUAUGCAGAUAGCUGGUGGUUUUGAAAAAACAACAUAGUUCGAGGGAGAUUCAUUGGGAAUGACAGAUCAAUCAAUGGGGUUGGUUUUCCAUUAAAGAAAAAAAAAGAUCACUUAGGCUGGUUGGUUAGCGUGCUAGAUUAACAACCACCUAGUCAAUUGAUGCAAAAAUGCAGUAGGUCUGUAUGUCCAUUGUCAUAGUAUGAUAUACCAAAUAUCAAUUGUAAGAAAUGCAUCUAAUCUCCUCGUGCAUCAUCUGAUUGGGCAUGUUGUGCUUCACUAUGUAGCGACUGAAAUAAUCUUAUUGUGGUUUUCGUUUUAAAUUUCUGCUGUGAAGGGAUUCUUCUCUCCUGAUUUGUUGCAUCACAAUUCGUAUGUAAUAGCAAAACAUGUAUUCGCGUUUUUUGAGUGGAGUCGGUAUGAAAAAUACCCCAAGUUAGUAAAAUUGAGUCGUUGUCAGAAUCAGAUUGGAUAACGCCAAAUAUAUCUAAGAUACAUGUAUCAUGUUUUUUGAGCAAUAAUUGAAUUUGAUAUU